AUGAGGGAAAUGGAUGGUAAAUACGUCGGAAAUCGCCCCAUAAAAUUAAGGAAAUCCAACUGGAAGGAUCGGAAUUUCGAUGUCGUUAAGAAGAAGCAAAAGCAAAAAGCUAAACUAGGACUGUGGGGAUGA